AAAUGUGACGUGGUUUAUUUGCCUGGGAAAGGGGCAGACCCGAAACUCGUACAAGGCAUAGGCUAAUUGUAUUUGUGAAAUAUAGCCUACAUAAAUACCAAUAGAUAGGCUACAGUCGGGCCAGGGGGUGCGUUUCAUUAGGCUGAAGUCAAGUGAGAUAAACGAUUGAUGGAAUAAAGGUCGGGUUGUCACGCUUUGGGAAGUGCGGGCGGUGGAGGAAUUGCGAAAAGGAUUUCAUUUGUGAGAGAGGAGUGCUCUAGCAAGUUAUGUCUUCAGCAGUCCAUUCUGCACUGGGGUGGCCAUAUAGAUGAAUGACCAUUUGGGGUUUUACAAAAAAACAAACCGUUUUUUUAUGGAAUAUGUCUUAGAUUUUAUUGGACUAUUUGACCAAUUUCGUUUCAAUAUAGUUAUAGUUGUAUAUCCUUGAUGACUUGAUAGGCUACCUAGUGGAAAUACCGAUAUUGGAUUUGUACAGAACAUUUGACCUCCAUAGGUGAUUUCAGAUUAUUGAGCCUUUAUAACAUUUUGGAAUAUGGCAUGUUAUUUUGAAGGUCUCAGUAAGGGUGUGCCUAACGGAGGGAUGGCCCAGUUUCAGGAGGUGAUGAGGCAGCAGCUGGAGACCUCCAUGCACGCGGAGCUGGAGAAACUACUGGACACUGCCAUGGGGGUCGACAAGGAGGUCUCCAGGAAGGACUUUGAUGGAUUCAAGAAGCUGUUCCACAGGUUUCUGCAGGUGAAGGGGCCGUCGGUGGACUGGCCCAAGAUACACAGACCUCCAGAAGACUCCAUCCAGCCCUAUGAUAAGAUAGCAGCGCUGCCCCUGCCGGACAGCCUGGCAGACAGUCUCAACAAGCUGGUGGUAGUCAAGUUGAAUGGAGGCCUGGGGACCAGCAUGGGCUGUAAAGGCCCCAAGAGCCUCAUCAGCGUCCGCAACGAGAACACUUUCCUGGACCUCACCGUGCAGCAGAUAGAGCACUUGAACAAGAAGUACAACACAGACGUUCCUCUGGUCUUGAUGAACUCCUUCAACACGGAUGAAGACACCAAGAAGAUCCUUCAGAAAUACACACACCACCGUGUCAAGAUACACACCUUCAACCAGAGCAGAUACCCCCGUAUUAGUAAAGAGUCCCUCCUGCCUGUGGCCACAGACAUUGGUAUGACGGGUGAGAAUGCUGACGUGUGGUAUCCUCCUGGCCAUGGGGACAUCUACGCCAGCUUCUACAACUCUGGUCUGCUGGAUCAGCUCAUCACAGAGGGCAAGGAGUACAUCUUUGUGUCUAACAUUGAUAACCUGGGUGCUACGGUGGACCUGAACAUCCUGCAUCACCUGGUGAGCCAGCCCAACGGGAAACGCUGUGAGUUCAUCAUGGAGGUCACAGACAAGACCCGCGCUGACGUCAAGGGCGGUACUCUUAUUCAGUAUGAUAACAAGCUGCGUCUGCUAGAGAUAGCCCAGGUCCCCAAGGCCCAUGUAGAUGAGUUCAAAUCAGUCACCAAGUUUAAGAUCUUCAACACCAACAACCUGUGGAUCUCUCUGGGCGCCAUCAAGAGGCUGCAGGAGCAGAACGCCAUGGACAUGGAGAUCAUCGUUAACCCCAAGACACUGGACGGCGGUCAGAACGUGAUCCAGCUGGAGACGGCGGUGGGCGCGGCCAUCAAGAGCUUCGACAACGCCCUGGGCAUCAACGUGCCGCGAUCCCGCUUCCUGCCCGUCAAGACCGUCUCCGACCUCCUAUUGGUCAUGUCCAACCUCUACAGCCUGGAGGCGGGCUCUCUCACCAUGAGCCAGAAGAGAGAGUUCCCUACCACGCCCCACGUCAAGCUGGGCAGCUCCUUUACUAAGGUCCAGGAAUACCAGACGCGUUUCGAGAGCAUCCCUGAUAUGCUGGAGCUGGAUCACCUGACUGUGUCCGGUGACGUCACGUUCGGAAAACAAGUUUCUCUUAAGGGAACGGUAAUCAUCAUAGCCAAUCACGGAGAUCGUAUCGACAUCCCGGCAGGAACGAUACUGGAGAACAAGAUUGUGUCGGGCAACCUUCGCAUCCUGGACCACUGAAGCCUUUAACUACUCCUCCAGCACCACAUACACAUCCACCACCAUCAUGUGACGAAGCCAGACACAUCCACCACCAUCAUGUGACCAAUCCAGACACAUCCACCAUGUGACCAAGCCAGACACAUCCACCCAAAUCAUGUGACCAAGCCAGGCACAUCCACCACCAUCAUGUGACGAAGCCAGACACAUCCACCACCAUCAUGUGACCAAUCCAGACACAUCCACCAUGUGACCAAGCCAGACACAUCCACCCAAAUCAUGUGACCAAGCCAGGCACAUCCACCACCAUCAUGUGACCAGAAACAUGCACCCCAAUCAUGUGACCAAUCCAGACUUGAUCCAGACUCCUUGAAAUAAACUCCUUAGAGAAGGGUGCCAUUCCCAACAGAUAGGGAUGUGAUGUGAUAUCCAUGCAAUACUUUACCUGUAGUAUUUCAGCUCCCUACCCAUCAGAUUCCCUUACUGGAUGAGAAUGAUGAUACAAGUCAUAUGGAUGUGAUGUCAAUGGGAGAUUCAAUAUCCACUGUACAUGUUAGUACAGUCUUAGGCUGGGAUUCAAUCCGAUCGCGGAUUUGGACAAUGCACCAUUUAAAGGUAACUCCUGAUUGAGCUGACAUAUACAGUGUUUACCGUGAAUUUGGUGUCCAUGAACGUGGGAACAUUGCCUUUAAAACAUGCAUUACAGACAAAGCGGGAUCGGAUUGCAUCCCGGCCCUAAUUGACAAUUCAAUAUUAUAUAAUGUCCACAACAAUAUGGAAGGAAUACCAGUCGACAAUAUUAUUGUUACUUUUAUCAGAAAAUAUUUUGAAGGAGUUUGUCAGUCUUUUUUUUUUUACAUCAAAAUUAUUUCACUGUAAUCUUAUUCCACCUGUACCUUACUGUCUCUCCAUCCCUCUCUCCAUCCCUCUCUCCAUCCCUCUCUCCAUCCCCCUCUCCAUAUCCCUCUCCAUAUCCCUCUCUAUCCCUCUCUCUAUCCCUCUCUCCAUCCCUCUCCAUCCCUCUCCAUAUCCCUCUCUUCAUCCCUCUCUUCAAUAGCUCUCUGUCCAGAAAGAGAGAGAACGGUUGCAUUUUCUGCUCAAGUGUUGUUCUACACACAGAGACCUACUGUAGGAGAGUCGAUGACACACAGAGACCUACUGUAGGAGAGUCGAUGACACACAGAGACCUACUGUAGGAGAGUUGAUGACACACAGAGACCUACUGUAGGAGAGUCGAUGACACACAGAGGUCUACUGUAGGAGAGUUGAUGACACACAGAGACCUACUGUAGGAGAGUUGAUGACACACAGAGACCUACUGUAGGAGAGUUGAUGACACACAGAGACCUACUGUAGGAGAGUCGAUGACACACAGAGACCUACUGUAGGAGAGUCGAUGACACACAGAGACCUACUGUAGGAGAGUCGAUGACACACAGAGACCUACUGUAGGAGAGUCGAUGACACACAGAGACCUACUGUAGGAGAGUCGAUGACACACAGAGACCUACUGUAGGAGAGUCGAUGACACACAGAGACCUACUGUAGGAGAGUCGAUGACACACAGAGACCUAGGGCUCGAUUCAAUCCGUAUCACAGAAGCUCAGCAUUAUAGCGCAAUUUAAAUUAUGAAACGUUUAUCGUGAAUGCGGUCUACGCUAACGUUGCCUUUACAUUUCUAUUGCGCUAUAGCGCAGAUCUUCAGCACUACGGCUUGAAUGAAGUCCCUACUAUCAGACGGUUGAAUGAGUGGCCUACUGUCUGCAGAACGGGAGUCUGAAAGCAAUACGAGUGUUGUCCUGAGACUGAAAGCAAUACGAGUGUUGUCCUGAGUCUGAAAGCAAUACGAGUGUUGUCCUGAGUCAGAAAGCAAUACGAGUGUUGUCCUGAGUCAGAAAGCAAUACGAGUGUUGUCCUGAGUCUGAAAGCAAUACGAGUGUUGUCCUGAGUCAGAAAGCAAUACGAGUGUUGUCCUGAGUCUGAAAGCAAUACGAGUGUUGUCCUGAGUCAGAAAGCAAUACGAGUGUUGUCCUGAGUCAGAAAGCAAUACGAGUGUUGUCCUGAGUCUGAAAGCAAUACGAGUGUUGUCCUGAGUCAGAAAGCAAUACGAGUGUUGUCCUGAGACUGAAAGCAAUACGAGUGUUGUCCUGAGUCUGAAAGCAAUACGAGUGUUGUCCUAAGACUGAAAGCAAUACGAGUGUUGUCCUGAGUCUGAAAGCAAUACGAGUGUUGUCCUGAGUCUGAAAGCAAUACGAGUGUUGUCCUGAGACUGAAAGCAAUACGAGUGUUGUCCUGAGUCUGAAAGCAAUACGAGUGUUGUCCUGAGUCUGAAGGGGGUCCCAGCUGCAGCUGAUGCUACCCUGGAGCUGAAUAAAGUGCAAUAUGAAAUUA